AUGGCUUCGCAGCAAAUUUCCACUUACGUGGUAGCCGGUUCGGUCUUACUUAUUACCAUCCUCAUACUACGUCGAAAGAAGACCGUGAAGGAGCAGCAGCCUGCUGCACCACCAAAGCCGCAUUCGCUGGCAAACACACCACCUGAGCUGCUCCCUCAAUACAUCCAGGAACUACUUGCGGCAGUUCCCGACUGCAUCAUUCUCCAUAGCGAUAUCGAUACUUUCCAAAAGGCUGUAGAUUAUAGCUGGACCCAGCAGAACCGCGAGAUCAUCCCGGCGUGCGUCCUGCGCCCGCGCGACACGCAUGAGCUCAGCAAGAUUAUUGCAAUUUUGAAGAAGGAGCAUGAUAGACGCAAGCUGGCUGGGUCACAGGUCGAGAGUUUCUUUUCGGUUAGAAGUGGAGGCGUCAAUCCGGGUCUUGGGGCGUCGACCGUGCAAAAUGGCGCUGUAGUUGACCUCAGUUUGUUUACUGAAAUUACGCCCGCUCCUGAUGGAUCUACUGUAACUCUUGGAACCGGUUCGAAGUGGAUAGACGUUUAUAAAACUCUAGACGAGAAAGGACUAAUUGUGAUGGGAGGAAGAAAUGCACCCGUUGGUGUAGGUGGCUUGACCUUGCAAGGAGGCAUAUCGUUCUAUUCGCCCAAACACGGCUUUGUCUGCUCCAACUGCGUGAGCUAUGAGGUUCUGCUCGCCGACGGCAAAGUUGUUACAGCUUCUGCCUCAGAAAAUUCUGAUUUAUGGAGGGUGUUGAAAGGAGGCGGAAACAACUUCGGCAUAGUGACUCGUUUCACACUCCGCAGCUUCCCUUGUGCGCCUUUAUGGACUUCAGGAAUAGUGACACUGGCCGCCUUCCAGUAUGCAAAGUCGCUCAAAGCCUAUCAUGACUACCUUACUCACACGAGUUCUGGUAAGCCUGGUGCAUUUGAUGAAGACGCUGCUGGUCCAAUCCUCAGUUUUGUCUAUAUUCAAAAACUUGGCUUUCAGAUCACCUCACUUUCGAUUCUGCAUACCAAGGUCCCAGAGGACAAGAAGUGGCCGGCUCACUGGGACGCGACGGGCUUCAAAUCACUACGAGGCAUUCGUAAAGACCGAGUAGAGACCAACACCAGCGUUGUCGAAAGAUUUGGUGGUUUUGCAUCGGCUGGAACCCGUCACGUACAGGGCACGACGACCAUCCGUAAUGAUCUCGAAACUAUGAAGAAUGCGUACGCUAUUUUCUCUGAGACUGCAACUGAACUACGCAGUGUAAAAGGCCUUGUACUUCCGUUUGUCUUCCAGGCAAUCUUGCCAGAAUGGAUGAACAAGGGAGACCCAAAUAUCCUCGGCCUUGAAAAUUGUACUGAGCCGUUGAUCAUCAUCAAUUACUCUGCAUCAUGGAUCAAAGCCGAAGACGACGAUUUGGUUCGAUCGACUAUCCGCCACAGCUUAGAAAGGAUAGAGGCGGCCGCAGAAGCGAGGAAGACGGGUCAUCAGUACCGCUUCAUUAAUUACUGCAUGGAGUGGCAGCGGCCGUAUGAAGGAUGCGGCGAAGAAAACUUGAAGCUCAUGCGAGAGGSGAGCCAUAAGUAUGACCCAACUGGCCUUUUCCAGAGUGGAUGUGCUGGUGGAUUUAAGCUAGACAUCCAGUAG